UUUAACAAGGAAAUUAUACUUCAGAAUUUCUCCUGUACUUUAUCCGUUUUUAAGGGAAUGCUCAAGGCUUGGACUCAAAGAUGUGAAACCUAGUUUAUUUUUAAUUCAAASACGAAUGGCUGGUCAUAGUAAAUGGGCAAAUAUUAAAUUUAAGAAAAGCCAUAUUGAUAUUGCUCGGAGCAAAAUAUUUGGACGACUUUCUUGCGAAAUCAUUGCUUGUGUGCGAGAGGGAGGUGCAGAACUUAAUCCCCGCCUUGACAAUAUAAUUGCUCGUGCUAAAGCUGUGAGCAUGCCUAAGGCCUCUAUUGAAAAUGCCAUCAAGUCUGGACAAGGGAACAAAGACAACCCUUUAUCUCAAAUGCUUUUGGAAGCUCGAGGUCCUGGAGCGUGUGGACUACUAAUUGAUGUUCUUACAACCAACAAACCAAAGGCAAAAAUUGACAUUAACACCAUAUUGAAGAAAAAUGGAGGAACAAUGAAAGAGGGUGGAACUGUGCAAUUCCAGUAUGAAAGUAAAGGAGUGGUUACAAUUGAAGACUUUUUGCACACUGAUAAAUCAGACACAGAGAAGUUAUCUGAUCAAAGUAAAAUUGAAAAGGCAGAAGAAAUUGCCAUAGAAAGUGGGGCAGAAGAUGUUUAUUUUACUGAACUUGAAGAUGGUAAAAGAGUUAUAAAGUUYGUUUGUCAAUUCAAAGAAAUGAAGAAACUCUCUGAGGAUAUCCUAUCAUUAGAAAGUAAAGCUAUUAUUCAUUCYACUGGCACUGAGUACUUUCCCAAAAUAUUGGCAGAAUUAACAGAGAAUCAAAURGACCAAGCUGAUAGACUUAUAGACUUGAUCUUGAAUAACUCUGAGGUUAUAAGAAUAUAUGACAAUAUCAAAGAUUACCCUAGUAGUACAUGUAAAUUGUUUAUAGACACUCUGAUAGUGUAGUAUAAUUUUUAUAAUUCCAAAUGUUUCAAAUAUAAAGUUGUAAAUUCCUCUAAA